AUCUGUGGCUGAACAUUGUGCCUGAGAGAAACCCAACAGCCGUGAUGUCCAUGCUUCAGCUUGCGAGCUCAAUUGUCGCCAUUCUGUUAUCUAUAGCAGUCAUAUCUGCAAAUCAAGGACUUCACCUAAAGAGUCAUUCCGAGGCCCAAGUCGAAGGAUGCUACAUCCACAAUGAAACCAUGGGUGUUUGCUUCGAUAUUGGCAAACGCCACAUGAAGUUACUGAAGACAACCGGGGAACAAAUUUUGCUUUACCGAGAACUUGGCCCUGACAUGUUGUUCUACCAAGUGUUGGAUCAGGCUUUUAUUGGUUGGAAGUGGUUUUGUGGUGACUGCUGCUGGCAUCGCGGCUGUUACGAGCACGACCUGUGUUGUAGGGAAAGGCCUUACAGCUCUUUCUGCCUGGUACCAGUUGGCUUCAGAUGUUCGCGAUUUAGAGAUUUUAAGAAGUGUAUCAGCUCUUAGUGGUGAUACAGGAGGUUAGGUGAUGGAGAAAUGCGGGGAUCGAACAAAUAAUUUAAAAGUGAGGGAAACUGAAUAAACUGUAGAUUUGACCAAGCAACUUUAUUUGUCCUAGAACGCUCAACUACAUCCGUCAAGUAGCUUCCUCAAGAUAUGUUUCAAUCUGAAGAAUUUUGUGAUUUACCUACGUACCUUUGACAAGCGAAUAGCCUUGCUGGCCAAAGCCGUUUUUAAGAUUGUAUUAUUUGUCAGAAUAGAGCUUCCUCGAUCGAAGGCUCUGCGCCUUAGAGGGCUUUUCAUUUUGCGUGUAUUUUUUUUGUGUGUGAGAUGUUUGCUCAACUCUAGGAAGUUGUGGCGUGAUUUAAU